AUGACAGAUGUCUUGCAUCUGGACGAAUUGCCGUCUGACGUUUUGAUCAUAAUAUUUGAUUUUUGCCAUGCCUUCGACCUGGUGCGCCUCAGUGAAGUGUGCACACGGUUCCACGAUAUUCUCAGGAGCGACGUGUGUUGGAUUAAAAAGAGUAAACGGGCACUGGUGACCAACCAGUCCUCGAAAAGAUUCCGCGAAAGAUGCUACACCUUACUUCCUCUGCGAAACAAAUGGCACGUAUCGCAAAAUUGGAAAGAUGGAAGAUACGCCAAGCGUACUUAUCUCACUCAAAAGGCUAAGUUGAUGCCAUGGCUUCAACUCACUGCAAACACUCUGUGGUGGGGUGCCGGUACUCAGAUUUUCGGUUUCAGACGUUACGCACGGUUUAAUCCGGUUGAUCCGAUAUUCAAGAUUGAUACGCACAAUUCAGACGUCUGUCGAUUUGUUGUGAGGGACUGGAUAGUGCUCGCCGGAUUCAGAGAUGGCAGCAUACGUUGCUGGGAUGGAAUUACGAACAAAGAAAUAUUCAACGCGCAAAAUACUCAUGCCUCUGACGUAGACGCAGUAGACUUGACCUCGGAUGUGAUUAUCACUGGUUCACGAGACCGAACUGUUAAGAUUUGGCCAACUAGGAUCAACGACAACAGUUCACCGUUGGCAGCUAUUAAUUUAUUGGAUAGAAUUUGGUCGAUAGCAGCAGACCCAACGGGUCAUACAUUCUGUGCUGGUUCAGCCGGUAAUAACAACGUAGCACCUCUACACAUAUUUGACGUAGAAUGCGGGGGGGAAGUUAACGUAUUUAGACAACGGUGGAGAAAAGGAGCUGGUAUUUUGGACAUUAUUUGGAAUGAUCCUCAGACAUUGCUCACCUGUGGUUAUGACACGUGUAUCAGAAAAUGGGAUAUCAGGUCAGGAACCUGUGUAGGAGCCUGGGCAGAUCCAACUGAUGCUACAGUUUAUUGCCUAUCAACGGAUUACCGCUACACCAUGGUUUCUGGGACACAGUUUAACGGAGAAGCUGUGCUCUGGGAUCAAAGAAAAUUCAAAUACAUACAGAUGUAUCAGCAUCGCUGCUCAAGUCCGGUGUAUAGCAUAUCUUUCGACAACUGUUACCUAUAUGGAGCAAUGGACCAGUGCCUGUUUCAAUUAAAAUUCUCUGGAUACGGAUACGAGGAAAAGAAUUAUCGUAACUUAUUUUGA